UUCUCUCGCUGGUUGUGGGGCUCUGAAACAGGCGGUUUGCUUAGGGGGUUGCCGGAUGGCGAGAAAUAGCAGCGGCAGAAACAAAGGCGAGGAGCGAUUGCGACGGGGCGGAAGGGAGAAAAUAAUCUGGAUUUAGGAGCACAGAAUUUGAACCGAGCCCAGGAGCACCUUGCUUGGGGGACGCGGAGGAAGCAACUUUUUAUUUUCACUCCCGCGGAGGUUGACGAAAGAAGCUAAUGGAGCUGCUGAGCUGGUGGACACUUGUUGUUUUCGAUCCCGGGAUACGUUGCCCAUGCGGAUAUUAUUUCUGGCAGCUGACCAGCCUCUUCGCGGGCGUGGAAGCUAGAUGCUUCUUUCUCCAUCUCUCCCUUCUAGCCUUAAAUGGCCUGUGAGACGUAUCACGUAGAUAGGACAAAAGCAGGAGACAGACAGGUAACAAUGCCAGUGGAAAGAAUGCGAAUGCGGCCGUGGCUGGAGGAACAAAUAAAUUCAAACAAAAUACCGGGUUUGAAAUGGCUAAACGAGGAAAAAAUGAUUUUUCAGAUUCCCUGGAUGCACGCAGCACGCCAUGGGUGGGAUGUUGAAAAAGAUGCUCCUUUAUUUAGGAACUGGGCUAUUCACACAGGGAAGUUCCAGCCAGGAGUUGAUAAACCAGACCCAAAGACAUGGAAGGCAAACUUUCGAUGUGCUAUGAACUCCUUACCCGAUAUUGAAGAAGUGAAGGACAAAAGCAUAAAGAAAGGAAAUAAUGCCUUCCGGGUAUACCGGAUGCUGCCAUUAUCUGAGAGGCCUUCAAAGAAAGGAAAGAAACCCAAGGAAGACAAAAUGAAACAAAUUAAGCAAGAACCAGAGGAAUCGUCGUAUGAACUGAGUAAUGGAACAUGCCAGGGGUUUUCUGAUUACUGCUUAUCUCCAGCAAUAAAAGCUGAAGUUGACAGCACAAUAAACAUUGUAGUUGUAGGAGAUUCGCAUUUUGAGUGUGGUUCUGAGGAUCAUAUGAUAGUUCCCAAUCCACCUGAUGUUUGCCAAGUAGUGGAAGUGACAACAGAAUGUGAUGACCAACCCAGCAGUGUGAGUCAGUUGUAUCCACUACAGAUCUCCCCAGUCUCCUCCUAUGCAGAAAGUGAGACAACAGACAGCAUACCGAGUGACGAAGAAAGUGCACAGGGUCAUCUUCACUGGCAAAAGGAAAACGUUGGCGGCAAACAAUACUACAGCAACUUGGGGACCAGGAACUCCCCUUACCCGCUUCCUGGGAUGGCUACUUUUGUGACUUCCAACAAGCCUGACCUCCAGGUCACCAUUAAGGAAGAAGCCUGUCCCUUGCCUUACAACAGCUCGUGGCCUUUCCCAGAGCUCCCUCUGCAACAAAUCGUGUGCUCGGCUUCCACCAGCUACAGCAACAGCAACAGGCCACCGGAUCACGAGAACCGGGCCAGCGUCAUCAAGAAAACGUCAGAUAUUACUCAGUCAAGAGUCAAGAGCAGCUAAGCCACAUAAACUGGCACGUUCUUGGCGGAUUCUCUGUUGUGGCUUUGAGGAGCACAUCUAAUGUACAUUCAGCAAACCGAAGAGAGAAGAGCCUUGACAGUG